AUUAUUCUGAAUCCCAGGGGUCGUUCGAUUGGUGCGAAUGCCGGGAAUCCAACGAAAAGACCAGAACAAAAGUGGCGACUUCGCCGCCUCUUUCUUCCAUUAAAUGUGUUUUCUAGUCGUUAUUGUGUAGUCGCUGACUAUAAAUGCUCCAGUCCUGAAAGGAUCGCUGUCUCAGUUUAUAAAAGCUGUCCUGGUAGUCUUCUGAUCAAUUGUUAUCUAUCCUUGAAGACCUUAGAAUCUUAAAUCGCAGCAAGUUUUCUCUGAACUUCGAGUUCGUAAGCUUUAUAAGUUUGUAAUCAUGUCAAGAAAGAUGCUUAUUGAUGGCAAGCUGAGCAACUCUAAUGAUGGUGGGGCGCAGUUUGAUUUUGAUCUGUUUGUUAUUGGCGGUGGCAGUGGUGGUGUCCGUGCAUCUAGAUUUUCAGCUGGAUUUGGAGCAAAGGUUGCAAUUUGUGAGCUACCGUUUCACCCUGUCAGCUCUGACGUACUUGGAGGAUUUGGAGGAACGUGUGUUAUUCGUGGUUGUGUGCCCAAGAAGAUAUUGGUGUAUGGAGCAUCUUUAGGAGGUGAACUUGAGGAUGCGAGAAAUUAUGGGUGGGAACUGAAUGAGAAGAUUGACUACACCUGGAAAACACUCUUGCAGAAGAAGACACAAGAAAUAGUUAGAUUAAAUGGAAUAUACAAGAAGAUGUUGACAAAUUCUGGAGUUAAGUCAUUUGAAGGUGAGGGAAGGAUCAUUGGGCCCCAUGAAGUUGAGGUGACACAAAUAGAUGGUACUAAAUUGAGCUUUUCAGCAAAACAUAUCUUGAUAGCAACUGGUAGUAGGGCUCAACGUCCACCUAUUCCUGGGCAGGAAUUGGGUAUCACCUCGGACGAGGCUUUGAGCUUGGACGAGUUACCUAAACGAGCUGUGGUAUUGGGUGGAGGGUACAUUGCUGUAGAAUUUGCUUCAAUAUGGCGCGGGAUGGGUGCUACCGUGGACCUAUUUUAUAGGAAGGAACUUCCAUUAAGAGGUUUUGAUGAUGAAAUGAGGUCUGCAGUCGCAAGAAAUCUGGAAGGUAGAGGAAUUAAUCUGCACCCAGGGUCUAAUUUGAAAGAGUUGAUUAAAACUGAAGAUGGCAUUAAAGUUCAUACAGACCAUGGGGAAGAAUUGAUGGCAGAUGUUGUACUGUUUGCCACUGGUCGGAUUCCUCAUUCAAAGAGGUUGAAUUUGCAAGCUGUAGGUGUUCAACUUGAUGCAGCAGGAGCUGUGAAGGUGGAUGAGUACUCCCGCACAAACAUCCCUAGUAUAUGGGCUAUUGGUGAUGUUACAAACCGAAUAAAUCUUACUCCUGUUGCCUUAAUGGAGGGAACCUGCUUUUCGAAAACUGUUUUUGGUGGUGAACCUACUAAGGCUGAUCACAGUAAUGUACCCUGUGCUGUAUUCAGUAUACCUCCUCUUUCUGUAGUGGGCCUCAGCGAACAGGAGGCUGUAGAGCAAGCAAAGGGUGAUAUUCUGGUUUUCACUUCUACAUUCAAUCCAAUGAAGAAUACUAUCUCUGGAAGACAAGAAAAAUCGGUGAUGAAGUUGGUUGUUGAUGCUGAGACUGAUAAAGUUCUGGGAGCUGCAAUGUGUGGACCAGAUUCUCCCGAAAUUAUGCAGGGCAUUGCUAUUGCAUUGAAGUGUGGAGCUACAAAGGCACAAUUUGACAGCACGGUGGGUAUCCACCCUUCUGCUGCAGAAGAAUUUGUGACAAUGCGGUCUGCAACAAGGCGUGUGGCGGGAGCUCUCAAACCAAAGACAAAUCUGUGAAGAUAAGAGACUUAACAAAGAAUGGAAACAAUUUUGAGACAUUUCUUUUUAUCCUUGAUAGUGUCCUACAUCACACGAAAGGGAAAUAAAGACUUUGUUGUAAAGUCUGAUAUGGCUUAAUCUUAUUACACAAUAAAAUCAUACCAUUUUUUUUUUCUA